AUGAAAAUUUACCUUCAGCAGAAGCCAUCUCGACAUCCUCCAUGGCUCUUUUUCGGUGAUGAAUACAAAUCAGCCUCAUGCAUCUGCGGAUGUACUUCUCCCCUAGACGGCACUGGAUGCGGCAACGACGGAGGUGGAUGCGGCGGAAACUGCACGGAGAUGGAGGAAGAAGAAGAAAAUAAGAAAGUGGCGACAUUUCACAGCGAGAGAGCGCGCCGUUUGAUGAGAGAACGAGAACGAGAUGGUGACGGCGAGAACGAGAAGGCAAAGGCGAGAGGGAAGCGAGAUAGUGAGUUUGAGGUUCGAGAGGGAAGCGAGAAAGGAGAGAGAGAGAGCGCCGUCUGA